UACACUUUCAGUAUACAAUUCAUUUCUGCUGAAUCAUGGUGAACACGUUCAGCCAGUCAGACUCAAUAUAAAAAUGUAGGCUGGGCAGUUACUACUGUCAUUUAAACACAGCUUUCCCAGCAAGAAGAAAUGACAGAGCAAGACACACCUGCAAGAAUGCAUAUAAGAAAAGUAGUGAAAAUUGUUCUUAGCGUUGAACAGUCAGAAGGAGUUGGCGCCCGUGUCCGGAGGAGCAUUGGUAGAUGUGAGUUAAGAAAUUUGGAUCCGUUUUUGCUGUUUGAUGAAUUUAAAGGUGGCAAACCCGCAGGAUUUCCAGACCAUCCUCACAGGGGAUUCGAAACAGUUUCCUAUCUACUGGAGGGAGGAUCCAUGGCACAUGAGGACUUUUGUGGACAUGUUGGUAGAUUAAACCCUGGGGAUUUGCAGUGGAUGACAGCUGGACGAGGCAUAGUUCAUGCAGAAAUGCCGUGUACAGAUGAGCCAGCACACGGAUUGCAACUCUGGGUUAAUUUAAGAAGUACAGACAAAAUGAUUCCACCUCAGUACCAAGAACUGAAAAGCUCAGAGAUUCCUAAACCCUCCAAAGACGGAGUAACUGUUGCAGUGAUUUCUGGGGAGUCCAUGGGUAUCAAGUCUAAGGUCUACACUCGCACACCAACUUUAUACCUUGAUUUCAAGCUAAAGAAAGGCGCAAAGCACACCCAAGAAAUACCCAAAGGUUGGACUGCUUUCAUCUACACGUUGUCUGGUUUUGUCUAUGUAGGGCCACCAGAGGCUCAACAAAAGAUUGAGGCUCAUCAUACAGCAGUGUUGGAUGAUGGAGAACAUGCACGCUUUGAGAACAAGGAUGAAGAAUUAAGUCAUUUUGUUCUGGUUGCUGGAGAGCCAAUUAAGGAGCCAGUUGUUCAACAUGGACCUUUUGUGAUGAACACAAAAGAGGAAAUUAACCAAACUAUUGCAGAUUACAAUUUUGGAAGAAAUGGAUUUGAAGGAGCUCACACUUGGAAGUCCAAGAUUGGGAACAAAUAAUUAUAAACUGCACAAAAGUCAUUAAACUUCCUCUGGUGUUUUUACUGCUUUUUUUAGUUUGCACUGUGUCUAAAACUCCAGAAUUCAAAAGAUAAAGAGCUAAUAGUUACAAAUAUAAGGGCAAUAUAAUGCUUUAAUUUAGCAGUGACGCUGAUGCAUGCCUUGUUAGAAAGCUAAUGUAUAAAUGGAAUAAACUAAAUAAUACAAUAA